AAUAAAAGGGGGGAACGGGUGAUCAGAUUGAUAUAGAUGAAAAGGAAGGUGUCUUGAAGUGCCCGUCCUCUUCAAGCUUUUUCUCUCUUUCAGCUUUCCAUUUGGGUUUAGCCGAGAAAAGCCAUCGUCAUGGGGUCCAUCACCGUGUUGUUACAGUGAUGAUUCGAUCUUUUUGGUGUCGCUUAAAAGCUGGACCAAAGAAGACUUGAGAUGGGUUUUUGGUAUAGGUGCUGGCGAGCAAUAAUAAUCGUUGUGCUCAGUAAUAAUUGAGAUCCUUUUGGAGAGUUGAGCAUGAAAGAGAAGGGCUCUUCAGAUGGAGUUGGGGAUGGGAAGGUGGUGGUUGUUGCUGUGAAAGCCUCAAGGGAAAUACCAAGAGCUGCAUUGGUGUGGACUUUGACUCAUGUUGCUCAACCUGGGGAUUUCAUCAAACUGUUGGUGGUCAUUCCUCACUCCUCAAGCAAAAAGAUGUGGAUGUUUUCAAAGUUUGCAAGUGACUGCACCACCGGUCAUCACCGGUCUAUCUCAGAGAUCAGUUUGGAUGAGAAGGACGACAUUGCAAAUUCUUGCUCUCAAAUGAUGUAUGGACUCGACGAUUUCUAUGACCCAGAUAAGGUCAAGGUUCGGCUGAAAAUUGUUUCCAGCAUGCCAAUUGGAGUGGUUGCCGCUGAAGCCAAAAGAGUACAUUCAAACUGGGUUAUAUUGGAUAAGCGGCUGAAACACGAGAAACGGGUCUGCAUGGAUGAACUGCAGUGCAAUUUUGUGGUCAUGGACCGAUCUAAAGCAAAGGUCUUGCGUCUGAAUUUGAUUGGAUCACCAGCACUUGACCCAGAAAUAUCAACUUCAUCAAUGGUCGACAUCGAUGUAUCUCAUAUGGAUGCUAGUCUUGAAUUUGAAAGUAUGAUCAGAGGGCCUCUUGUGACUCCUGCAAGUAGUCCAGACCACGAGUCACCGUCGGCCACAACCGAUGUUGGAACUUCAUCUUUAUCAAGUUCAGAUCAAGGGAACUCUCCAUUUCUCCUCUCCGAAGUUCACAGAAAACUACAGAAUGAGUAUAUAGGUAAAACUGAAGUGAAACUGAAUUUUGAAUAUUCUGACUCCGAUGUAGACAGUGAAAAGCUGGGUCCACCUGCCAUAUCAUGGGCGGGACAUACUUUCGAGACUUUGGAGGAUGAAUCACCAAAGCCUGACAACAAAGCUUUCUUUUGCAACUAUGGAUCUUUGAUGGAUCAAAUUUCUAAUUUGGAUAGAGACCCUGAUAGUGGAAUAAAUUUUAAGCUUGACAUGGACUUAGGCAGAAGCGUUAGGGAAGCAAUUUCAUUGUCCAGAAAUGCACCUCCUAGUCCUCCUCCGCUAUGCUCAGUGUGUCGACACAAAGCACCUGUUUUUGGGAAUCCCCCAAGGUGGUUCUCUUACGCUGAGCUGGAACUUGCUACUGGUGCAUUUUCUCAAGCAAAUUUUUUGGCUGAAGGUGGAUAUGGUUCUGUCCAUCGAGGGGUUUUGCCCGAUGGCCAGGUCGUUGCCGUGAAACAGCACAAGUCAGCAAGUUCACAGGGUGAUGUAGAAUUUUGUGCAGAAGUCGAGGUUUUGAGCUGUGCCCAGCAUCGCAAUCUCGUCACGUUGAUUGGGUUCUGUGUUGAGGAUGGAAGAAGACUGCUGGUUUAUGAAUAUAUUUGCAAUGGCUCUCUGGAUUCACAUCUUAAAGGACAUGAUCGGGGCUCUUUAUCAUGGUGCGCACGGCAAAAAAUUGCAGUUGGAGCAGCUCGAGGAUUGAGAUACCUUCAUGAAGAAUGUCGAGUGGGUUGCAUUGUACACCGUGAUAUGCGGCCUAACAAUAUUCUUCUCACGCAUGAUUUUGAACCAUUGGUUGGAGAUUUUGGACUUGCGAGAUGGCAACCGGAUGGAGACAUGGGAGUAGAAACAAGAGUGAUAGGAACAUUCGGGUACUUGGCUCCAGAAUACGCUCAAAGUGGUCAAAUCACUGAAAAAGCUGAUGUAUAUUCAUUCGGUGUGGUACUCGUAGAGCUUGUUACGGGACGAAAGGCAAUGGAUAUAAAACGUCCCAGGGGUCAGCAAUGCCUCACUGAAUGGGCACGGCCAUUACUAGAAAGACGUUCAAUCGGUGAAUUGAUUGACCCGAGUUUGAAAAAUUGCUACUCAGAGCAGGAGGUUCUUCGAAUGCUGCGGUGUGCUUCAUUGUGCAUCCGGCGGGAUCCUCAAUUGAGGCCUCGCAUGUCUCAGGUACUACGUAUGUUAGAGAGUGAUAUUGCCUUGAACUAAACAGAGAAGCAGCGAUACAUGCUCAUUAUAUCAAAAUAUGAGUGGAGCAUGCACAUCAGCAUGUGGAUGGUAACUGAUGGCAACACUAAUAUAACAGUGCUUCAGAUAUGGGUGUUGGAACCGAGGUACUAAGCAUUCAAUCUGAUAAAUGGAAGCGAAAGUCCUCAUUUUCAGAGCAAUUGUAGAAUAUCAUAUCUGGGGUCUGGCAGACCAAGAGGCGGAUGGAAUACGGGGAACUUUUCUUCGACUACCUUUGCAACUGGAAUGCAAACUGACAAGGGAUUAUUGAGGUGGAAACUCUUGUAAGAAGCACUACUUAUCAGUGUUAAUUCAAGAAGCUGCAGAAUGGGUGAGCAGAUGCCUAUGCCGUGACGCUCCAAGUACUUGCAGCUCGAGUUCUUUCUUCACUGUCUAAUCUGGAAUGCGAUUGCAUUUCUAGCACUAUUGUAGGAGCUUUAUCUGGCGUAUAUUCUGAGGAAAUAGGCCACUCAAACUUGAUGCCUACUUCUCAACAUGCUCUAGGAAGAUCUUUUUCAGACAGCGGCAGUGUACGAUGACUUACGAUGUAGUUGCUUGGCAGGAACAAUGUUGGUGACGGACUACUGCAGAAUCAGCUCGAGAGCUUCUUUUUCGAGACUUCCGUGAUGUGCCGGGAUCUUUUCUUGCAUUGCAUGUGCAGUGACUGGAAGAAGAGGCUCACAUGACUGGGUUGUGCGUAGCAUACCAUGUGACAAUCCAAGCAAAAUUCAGGAAGCUUCUUGCUGAGCAGGAGGCUUUGUCAUUUUCUUGAAGCUGUGUACAUUAGAGUAGAAUUGGUAGCUUAUAUCGUUUCAUUUGUUAAUUUUUCACCGGAAUGACAUUUACACAAUGGUUCAAUGAAUUGAGGUAUCUAAUGACUGAAUUUUUGAG